UGUGAAGUAACGGUGGUGGGCUACUACUUUGGCGAUGAUCCAAUUCCGUACAGAACGACUCUUCCUUCUUAUCAGCCAACCUUGGGUCAGUUCAAACGACAUCUCAACAAGAAAGGAAACCUCAAAUACUUUUUCAAGAAGGAGAGUGAUGAAUUUGAUUCCGGAGUGGUGCACGAGGAACUGACAGAUGAUGAUGACCUGUUACCUCUAUGGAAGGGCAAGGUCAUUGGCAAAGUUGAA